AUGAUCGACAAAUAUUUUACCAAACUACCAAAAAAUUCAGAACCUUUAAAUUCAAAACCAAAGGAGAAAGUUGCUUUUGUUGAGAAAGAAAGUCUUGCAUCAGAUGAUGAUAUUAUUGGUGAUCCUGGACUGCGAAAACCAAUUGAUAGUUACCCAUUUGAAAUUAUAGAUUCAUUGAGGAGAAGAUACUUAGCUAAAGGCCCUUGUCAACCAGUUGGGCAUGAAUUUCCAUUCACUCUUAUUCACGAAAAGAAUCGAAGGUUUCAAGUUGCUUGGUUCAAGGAUUAUGAAUGGUUAGAGUAUAGUGUAUCUAAAGACAAAGUUUAUUGUUUAUAUUGUUAUUUGUUUGCAAAUAACAAUAGAAGUGGGGGAAAUGUUUUUAUUGAGAUUGGUUUUAAUAACUGGAAAGAUGGAAGACGUGCAUUUGUCAAUCAUGAAGGAAGUCCUGGUAGCUCACAUAGUGGUUGUAGAAUGAAGGUCGAGCAAUAUCGUAAUCAAAGAGGGAAUGUGAAUCAGCUAUUGGCAAGACAAACUGCUGCUAUGGAAGAUGAUUAUCGCACUCGAUUGUCAACGGUUGUAAGUGUUGCUCGAAUACUUUUAGAGGAAGGUUUGCCUUUUAGAGGACAUGAUGAAUCUGCAGAGUCACUCCACUGA